AUGUCUUUCGGCGUCUCAUGCGACUACGACUGUGAAUCCUCCGCCCUCCAGGUCUCAUGCGUAAGCUCCUUUCAAUUAGAAAAGCCAGAGCCACUGGCACAGCGCCCUCCACCAGAAUCUCCAGAUUCCAUAGAUACACUCAUUGAUGGCAUGGUAAAUGCCCCUUUGUAUCUCCAUGUCGACGAUGGACUCGAAGGCCCCAAUGUAGUCUACAUUGACAUACCACACUUGGAUCUUCUGAGAAAGUUCCACGACCGCUCCAUCUUGACUCUGGGAAGCGCUGACACAUCACCCGUCUAUCGAGAUGUCUUGACUAGAACGGCUUGCCGACACUCUUUCGUCCUGCACGCUGUAUUACGCUUCGCUCUUAUGCACGACCGCUACCUCUACGACCCCAUUGAAACUAAAGCAUCCGCAGCUGAAUCGUUUCAUGCAUACCACGCCGCCGCUCUCUUUAGCAAACGGCUCGCCGGACCAAUCGAAGAGGAAGUCAAAGACUCUUUGUGGGGUUGUGCGGCCCUCAUGGGAGCAAUGUCGUUCGCUUCAAUCGAAGCUACAUCACCUCAGGAAACCUGGCCGCUGAAAUCUCCAGAGAUUACAGAUCUAGACUGGCUCAAGAUGAGCGACGGAAAGAAAGAAGUAUGGAGGCUCGUCGAUCCUUUACGAGAAACCAGUGCGUUCAGACCAGCCGUCCAAGUCGAACACGGUAAGAGACAAGAAGGUAUCCCAAGCCGUCCAAUGGACCCCCAGCUGGACAAGCUCUUCCCAUUCUUCACCAAGCUAUACAAUCUCGACCAGCCAUUUGCAGAUUAUGAAAAUGAUCCUUAUCACAAAGCCGCUUCCAUCCUCGAGAAACUCAUCCCGUUAGACUGUAACCACUCGACAGUCAUGUGGUUUCUCUCUUUCCUUGGACACAUGGAUCCAGAAUACAGACGACUGCUUGAAGCGAAAGACCCAUCUGCUUUGCUUCUUCUGGCAUGGUGGCAUGCAAAGAUGAUUCCGUACAACUCCUGGUGGGUUUCUCGCCGUGGGCUGCUGGAGUGCCAAGCUAUUUGCAUAUCUCUGGACAAGACGCUCCCACCAGAGCAUGAAAUGAGAAGGCUUUUGGGGUUUCCAAGGUCCGCUUCUGGCCUUAGCAGAGCUUCCUUCGCGGAAGAGUGGUCAUGA